CUUGACUGUGCCUCGAAAGUGCUGGAGUUUUCGUAUGGGGAAUACGUCACUUGUUGAAUACCGAGAGAUCCGUAUAGAAACAAAUGUCAAUGUUGCAUCAGAAUUGUCGGCAUUUCGAUGCCGUGAGACGCGUAUGUCGAGAACGUUCAUCUUGAACAUGGAGAACUUGGUCAGUGACGACAUUGCAAGAUGAGAUAUAUAAAUAUCACGGCUCUUGAAGGGUCUUGGUGUUUUGCAAUCCAGCAAUCACUCAGACUUCACUUACAAACAUCUCAACUACUCCAAAACUUCCCUGCCUCCACCCUCACUUCUUUGACAAGACCCGUCAUCUCUUCAACUCCCUCACAGAAACCUUAUCCUCAACAAAAUGGCAUUCGUCGCAAACGGAAAUGAAUACGACUUCAUCAUCGUCGGCGGCGGCACAGCAGGAAACACUGUAGCCGGCCGCCUCGCCGAAAACCCCCAUGUCCGCAUCCUCGUCAUCGAAGCCGGCAUCCCCAACCCUCACCAAAUCCCCGAAAUCACCACGCCGUCCAAGGCCUUCAACCUGCGCGGCAGCAAGCACGACUGGGCCUACAAGUCCACCAUGAUCAAGCGCGACGACUACGAGCGCAUCGAAAAGCCCAACACCCGCGGAAAAGUCCUCGGCGGUUCGUCCUGCGCCAACUACUUCACCUGGAUCCCCGGCUCCAAGCCUACCUUUGACGACUGGGAGGCUUUUGGCGGCGAGGAUUGGAAUUGGGAGGGUUGUGUGGAGUAUCUUCGCAAGUGUGCGACUUAUCAUGAUGAGGAGGGGCUUUAUCCCUCUGAGCUGGGAAAGAUUGGCACGGGUGGUCCGAUUCAGAUUGCGCAUGCUGAUCUGGUUCCUGAGAUGCAGCCUUGGCGUGAUGCUUUGACUGAAGCGUGGGUUUCCAAGGGUGAAGUCCUCACAGAGAAUAUUUAUGAUGGUGAGAUGAGGGGUCUUACGCAUUGUGUUGAUACUAUCCAUGGAGGUCAGCGACAGGGAAGUUUCUUGUACCUCAAGAACAAGCCUAAUGUCAAUAUCCUCUAUGGCGUUCAGUCCAAGGAGCUGAUCAUUGAUCCUCGCACCAACACUUGUCUUGGUGUCACCGUCAUCAACCCAGCUACCAAGGGAGAGCUCAGUGUCUUCGCCAGCAAGGAGGUCAUUCUAUCUCAGGGUGUUUUCGAAACCCCCAAGCUUCUCAUGCUUUCUGGUGUCGGUCCCGCCCAGGAACUCAAGAAGAACGACAUCAACAUCAAGCUCGACUCUCCUCACGUUGGCCAGCAUCUUCUUGAUCACCCUAUCGUUCCUUUCGUUCUCCAAGUCAAGGAUGGCUUCGGUCUGGAGGACUACAUCCUUCGGGAUGGUGCCGCCAAUAGCGCUGCUGUCGCUCAGUACAAGCGCGACAAGACCGGCCCUGUCAGCUCUGGUCUUCUCGAGCUCGUCGGCUUUCCUCGUAUCGACGAACGUCUCGAGCAGCACCAAUCCUACCGUGAAGCCAAGGCUGCAAACGGCGGCCUCGAUCCUUUCGGCCCCAAGGGCCAACCUCACUUUGAACUCGAUUUCGUUGGCAUGUUCAGCACUGCUUUCCAAUGGCACUACCCCGUUCCCGAGAAGGGUAACUACAUGACUGUCAUCGUCGAUCUUCUACGUCCACUUUCUGAAGGGCAAGUCACUCUCAACAGCAACGAUCCUCUUGUCCAGCCUAACAUCAACCUCAACUUCUUUGGCAAUGAUCUUGAUAUCCUUGCUAUGCGCGAGGGUGUUCGUUGGACUUAUGAUGUUCUCACCACUGGUAAGGGUUUCAAGGAUAUUGUUCUUGGCGAGUAUCCUUGGAGAAUGCCCCUUGAGUCUGAUGAGGAGAUGAAGAGGGCUGUACUUGACCGCAGCCAGACUGGCUUCCACCCCUGCGGUACUGCACGUCUUUCCAAGAACAUCCAUCAGGGUGUUGUUGACUCUCGCCUUCGUGUUCACGGAAUCAAGAACCUUCGCAUUGCUGAUGCCUCCGUCAUCCCAGUUAUUCCUGACUGCCGCAUCCAGAACUCUGUUUACAUGAUUGGAGAGAAGGGUGCCGAUAUGAUCAAGGCUGACCAUCCCGAAAUCUUUGGUCAGGAUGCUCCUAGCAGGAUUAACCCAUUCACUAGCCGCCUAUAGAUAGAUAUAGAAACUUGAUUGAAGGCACUGAGAUUAGAAUUGGUUCGCGUUUAGCUAUAGCAUAUAGACUUGGAUGACUUUGCAAUAGAACUUUUUAUUUUAUUA